CCGUGGCAAUGAGCCUGGCACAGCAGCAGUAUCUGGUGUAUGGCAUGGACUAUGAGGGCCAUGGACGUGGCACCGUGGCAGUGAGCAUGGCACAGCAGCAGUAUCUGGUCUAUGGCAUGGACUAUGAGGGCCAUGGGUGCUCCCAAGGGCUGCAUGCGUACAUCCCCCGCUUCGACACCAUCAUAGACGAUGUGGUUGAGUUCACCGACGCGCUAAGAGCCUCACCAGCCCUUUCAUCCCUCCCGGUCUUCCUGUACGGCGAGUCAAUGGGCGGCGCAGUGGCCAUCAAGACGCACUGGCGCCGCCUAGACGCCUUUCGAGGAGCCGUCCUACUGUCGCCCAUGUGCAAGAUAGCGGAGGAGUUGAUGCCUCCCCCAAUGGUGGUCUCAGCAUUCCUGGCUCUCAGCAGCGUCAUUCCCAAGGUCAAGAUGGUUCCAGGAAAGGACAUCAGUGACAUCGGGAUGAGAGACCUUGCGAACCGCAAGCGGGCGAAGGAUAACCCAAUGUCCAUCAGGGGCCCUGCCCGAGUGGGCACAGCUGUUUCGCUGCUGCGGACCACACAAGAGAUCGGCCCGAGGAUGAAGGAGCUCUCCCUGCCAUGCUUCAUACUGCAUGGCAGUGCUGACGUAGUAACUGACCCAGCACUCUCCAAGGAGCUUCACGCAGUGGCCAGCAGCACCGACAAGACACUCAAGAUCUACGAGGGCUCCUGGCAUGGACUCACGUCCGGGGAGCCUGACGAUGUGAUUGAGAAGGUGAUUGCCGAUAUUGUCGCGUGGAUUGCUGCGCGCAGCAGUGCUGCUACAGUGGAUUUGAACGCGGUGAAUGAGAAGCUUUUGGAGCCGCCCUUUAAGGGGGAUACGGGGAAGGAGGUGGAGGUGUAG